AUAUAUAUAGAGAGAGAGAGAAAGAGAGAGAACGCACAGCAUAGAACGAAAGGGUUUUUGUGGUGUUUGGUUGAUCGGGAAAUUUUGUGUGAGAGCCGCAAAGGAGUGUAGAGUGUUUUUCAAGAGCGAGAAAGUGAGGGAGAUUUUUUUCUUUCUUUGAAUUUGAGAAAAGGAAAGAAGAGAACUAGUAAGAGAGACUGGUAUGGGUAGUGAGAGCAAGAACGGAACCGGCUUAGGGGAGUUGUCGCCGGCCACGAGGAAGAUGAUACAGAAUCUUAAGGAGAUUGUCAGUAACUGUCCCGAAACAGAGAUCUACGCCGUUCUUCGAGAAUGUAAUAUGGACCCAGAUGACGCCGUUCAUCGCCUACUUUCUCAAGAUACUUUUCACGAAGUGAAGAGCAAACGUGAAAGAAGAAAAGAGAUGAAGGAGACACAGGAGUUAAGGCCACGAUUUACAUAUAGUGGUUCUACUCGUGGAGCUAGAAGUGCUAGCGAACGUAAUGGAUGGAGUGGAUCAUCUCAAGCCAAUUAUGAGGAAGGUAAUGUUGCACACAAAGGAGAUAAUGUGUUAGUUGCUCCGUCGUCAUCUUAUUUGACUGCUCAUGUGAAAGGAGAAACUUUAAACCAUCAACCUUCAUUUUACAGUGAUUCUUUAUAUACUGAUAGUAGAGGACAGUCAAUAGGAACAGGUGAUGGCAUCUUCCACACUUUGGAACCCUCUCCUGCACAACAGGUUGUAUGGUCAGGGACAAGUGCUGGACAUCUUUCUAUGGCUGAUAUUGUGAGGCUGGGUAGACCCUCCUCUAAGCAUUCACAUAUCUCAUCUGAGACGACAUCUUACACACGGCAGGAUGUAGUUACAACAAACUUAGAUCAUUACCAUGAAAAACCCUCCCAAGCAUCAAUAACUACCCAAGCAGAAUUGCACCGUGAUUUGCAUCCUCAAAAUGCUUUGAAUGCAACAGGAAUGAUCAACAAGUCAGACACUACUGUUGGCCAUAAUGCUUUUCUAGAAGAGCAGUCGACAGCUUCUAGUUUGUUAGCAAACUUCGAUGCAUCUGCUGUCCCAGAUUCUGAUAAGUAUGUUAGUCAAUCCAACUUAUACGGUAAUGAAUCUGAACUAUCUAGGAACAGUGGCUUAGAAAACAUCCUAGCAUCUGAGGAACGUGAUGCUGAUCAAAUUCCUAAUUCAGAUGACAUUGUGUCUUCUAAUGCUUCCAGUAGACAGAAAAAUGUUACGUCUUCUGUUGGAGUUUCUCAUUCUGAUUUGACGGAAACAGGAAGUGGUUCAAAUUCAUCUGAUGCUUUGGCUGAUAAUGAUGUUGCGAAGUUUCAACACCUAAGUUUAGGAAAGGAGGACUCAGAAAAUAAUUUAAUCCUUCCCAGUCAUUUGCAAGCAUUUACAGCUGAUUGCUCACAUUUGAGUUUUGGUACAUAUAAAUCGGGAAAAAGUUCUGCAUCAAUUGGGUUAUUACCAUCUAAUGAGCUAAAUGGUGAUCUGCAAGAAGCCUCGACAAUGUUAGGUGAUUUUCCCGCUGGUCACUUGGAGACAAGGAAUAUAGAAUAUAAUAAUGGUGAUGACUCAAUUGGAUCCUUGUAUAAUACGCAUAGAGAAAUUGCGGAUGCUAGAAAUUAUGAUUUACAGUCAGAGCUGAUGAAGCAGGAUGUCAAUGUAGCAACUCCUGCAAAUGAAACUGAAUUCAUCAACCCUUCUUUGCAUGAUUACAAUGCCGUUGAACGAUCAGCUCCUGAGUUGUCAUAUGCAAGGACAGAGCCAAACGUUAGAAAUAUUUCAGUCCAGAAUGAAAGAACAAUGUCAAAAAACACACUAGUUAACCUAGUGCAACAUUUUCAAUCAUUACAAGCUCCUAAUAAUCUUCAAGGGCAGUUCCAUGUGACACAAUCUUUACCUUCCAGGCACAGCAAUGUAGACCCAUCCAUAAGCAAUCCAAACAUCCCCUUUUCAGAGCAUAGGAAUCCACUGGGCACCACCAUUUCUUCAUCAGUGCCAUCUUCUGUACUCCCUCAGCAACGGGUGGCAAAUUACCUUCCUGUGGAACAACCAUCCAACAACAUAGUGGGCUAUUCUGGCUUACCUCAGAGUUAUUCACAUUUGCCGUCAGCUUUCCCGCCUGCAUAUGGAGGUGGUGAUGAGUUCCAGCAAUCCCUGGCUGAUAUGAAGUACAGCCUUCCAGAUUAUGGAACUUCAGCGAACAGAUAUCCUGGGGGUACUCCUACUGGCUAUGGAACUUAUGGAGUGUCUAACAAUGAUCCUGGACGUUAUAUGCACUCUUCAUCUGCAUCUCCUAUGAUUGCUAAUGGUAGCUAUGGUGAUGUCUAUAACCCACGAUUCAAGGAUGGAAAUCAAUUUACUCCACUUCAACAGAGUACCAGCCCUUCUACAUUGAAUUACGGACCUGGUUCAAGAAUGCCAUCAGCUGUUCAAGAAGGUGCUUACUACAGCUCACUAGGACAGAACCAGCAAUAUGCUGGAUUUCGACAUGUCCAGCAGCAGCAGCCCUCACAGCAAUACGGAUCUUUAGAAUACUCUGACCUCUAUCGUUCGCAAACAGGAAUGACCCGUGAACAUCAGCAGCGUAACUUUGGCGGUUUGACCAAUGGUGCUUUGGAUCUUUCGUCUCAGCAAUUGAACCAAUUGCAGCAAUUUUGGCAACAAAACCACUGAGUUUCUUAAUGUUAUUUAAUUGCUGUCUUUUUUCAUGGGGAUUUUUGAGCGAGUUUGGGGUUUAACUAAGUGUUCAAUACAGUACUGAUCUUGUGAUGGUUUUUUGUGUCUAGCUCUGUCCAAUUGUACAUAAUCGGAAGAGUUAUUCAAGCACUGGCUGCCCCGUUGUAUCUUACGAAACUUCACAUUGGGGCAUGAUUUUUGAAUUUAGAGCUAGCUUUCUAUUUCAAAUUUCCCCAAUGAAGAAAGCUUUGUGAUAGAACAGUUUUCUAACUUAAGUGGGUUUCUUCUAUAUAGAUAUUUUGAAGUCAUAUAUGACCAUUUUCUAGUAA